AUGGAGCACGACGAAGACGAAGAGCCACCUCUUGCUGUUCAGAUUCAACGAGAUGAUGAUCAAUCCAUUUCUCAACAAUCUUCUGUUGGUGUUACUCUCAUCACCGGCUACCUUGGUUCCGGCAAAUCCACGCUAGUGAAUCAUAUAUUGAACUCUCAACAUGGGAAGAGGAUUGCUGUCAUAUUGAAUGAGUUUGGGGAGGAAAUUGGAGUGGAAAGAGCAUUGAUAAAUGAAGGGGAAGAAGGUGCAGUUGUUGAAGAAUGGGUUGAGCUUGCUAAUGGGUGUGUAUGUUGCACGGUUAAGCAUAGUUUGGUUCAAGCCCUUGAACAGCUUGUGCAGAGAAAAGAAAGGCUAGACCAUAUAUUGCUGGAAACCACUGGUUUGGCUAAUCCAGCACCUUUGGCAUCUAUUCUUUGGUUGGAUGAGCAGUUGGAAUCUGAUGUGAAGCUUGAUUCUAUCGUCACUGUAGUAGAUGCCAAAAAUGUUCGGUUCCAGCUCAAGGAGCACCGUGGCUCGUCUUCAUUUCCGGAAGCAUAUUUUCAGAUAGCAUUUGCGGACAUUGUUAUUCUUAACAAGGUUGAUUUGGUAUCUGCAGAAGGCUCUGGAGCUCUGGAGGAACUCGAGGAGGAAAUCCAUAACAUUAACUCACUCGUAGAGAUAAUUCACUCUGUCCGAUGUCAAGUUGACUCAUCUAAGAUAUUGAACCGCCAUGCUUACGAUACUCAUGCUGCACAUUUAGAGGCAUUGUUAGAAGAAAGCCGUUCUUUGUCUUCUAAUAAGCUUCACGAUAGUGGCGUGAGAACCAUAUGCGUUUUUGAGACUGGCACAAUUGAUCUUGAUAAGACACGUAUAUGGCUAGAAGAAAUUCUUUGGGAGAAGAAAUACGAUAUGGAUGUAUACCGUUGCAAAGGAGUCUUAAGUAUUCAAAACUCUGAUCAAUUGCAUACUUUGCAGGCAGUGAGGGAACUAUAUGAGAUUGUUCCUGCUCGCAAGUGGAAGAAGGAAGAAAACAGGGUGAAUAAGAUAGUCUUUAUAGGUCAUAAUCUGAAAGAAGAUGUUCUAAUUAGUUCCUUGAGAGCUCUUGCAACCUGUUAG